GAAAGGAACGAAAAGUUAAAUGCUAUAUCGAAGGAGAAAAUGCGAGAUUACUGACAAAAGCACAUGACACGGAUGCUGAAUUCGACUUGUAUUAUCCAGGAAAAAAGUCACUUACUCUGUCACCCGAAGAAACCACCAUAAUUGACCUAGAGAUCGUGGUGGAAGUCUCCAAAAAUAGUAUGAUGCAAUUGACAUCUAGAUCGUCACUCGCCAAAAAAGGGAUUACUAUCAAAGAAGGAAUU